UACUUUAACACUGUUGUUGUUGUUUAUUGCCCGCGGGUUAAAGCGACCCCAAUAACGUGAUAUUUAGCCACUGAUAUGCGAAUUUUACCUGGGAAACCCCGCCACAAAAUGUGUAUUUUACACCCUGCCACGCGAUUUUUUAAAGGGGGACCCCCUCGAAACGCGAUUGGGAUAGUUUUGAAUAGCGAUUGUGCGGAGUUUGUUGCGAAAACCUGGCAACCCUAACUGGUGGUGAGAUGGUGUGCCGGCUGGGCGAGCCAAGAACUAAAUUGGACAGGUUAGGUCUUAAAAAAACCGCUUCAGGCUAAAAUAUUACAGUUAAACCCCGCGCUGUGGUUUCCGCCGAAUCUGCGUGAAAUAUGGGGGAAGAAACUGAGAUCUCGGCGAAAAGAGAGAAUCAGGACGCGAAGGAUGAAAACACGGACAGCGGUGUGAAAUAUUACACACGCGAGGAGGUUCAAGCCCACAACACGAGCAAAGACACAUGGCUCAUCAUCCACGAUAAAGUUUACGAUAUCACAGGUUUCAUGGAGGAGCAUCCAGGAGGUGAAGAGGUUCUGCUGGAGCAAGCAGGCGCAGAUGCCACAGAAAGCUUUGAGGAUGUGGGUCAUUCCACAGACGCCAGAGAGAUGCUCCAGCAGUAUUACAUUGGUGAACUUCAUAUGGAUGAUCGAAAGAAAGAAUCAAAAAAGGAAGUUUACAUCACAACUUCCAAAGACUCCAGGUCGUGGACCACCUGGUUAAUUCCCACCGUAACUGCUGUACUCGUGGGCAUCAUGUAUCGUUACUACAUGUUGGAGCACAAAGCCUCCUGAACUCCUGUAAACAUCCUCACUGAUAUAUAUUUCUCUUGUUUGGAGGCCUUGACUUGUUUGAGUGAGUCAGCAAGAUCACUCUGUAAACUCCUGCACAUCCUCUCUUCUUUACUUUCCACUCGGCUAGCUAUUUGAAAAAGGUCCAAAACCUAUUUGGCUCAUUUCAAGGUUUUUUUUUUUUUUUUUGGUUUGUUUUUUUUCCUCCCUACCAGAAUUCACAGUUCUGUCUAACCUACAGGACUUAACCUGCAGCAUUAUCUUGAUCAUGCUUUCUGUCAUCGGAUUGUCAUGCUUUUUUAGAAAUGUACUUGGAAAUGACUUCAACUCCUUUAAAUGAAUCUAGAGUGUAGCUGAAAGAUCAGGCCCUUCUGCACAGGUAUGGUCUGACUUCUGGAUUUUAAUUAUCUGACCAUUUUGACAAAUCACACAUCCACAGCCUUCACAUAGCAGCUACUUGAUGUUUGUCAGUGAAUUGCCUUGGAUUAUUACCCAAGGCUUUUAACCAAAUGAUUCAAGUGGAGUUGAAAGAUGCAUCUCCAACUAGAGAAGAGCAUGGAGUCAUGCUAUUAUAAAGAAAUGGCUGUUUUAAAUGCAACAUGGUGUAAAGGGAUACUUCACCCAAAAAAGACAAUUCUCUCAUUUACUGACGCUCAUGACGUUCCAAAUUUGUAUGACUUACUUUCUUCUGUGAAAAACACAAAAUAAAGAUAUUUUAAAGAAUGUUGGUCACCACUGACUUCCAUUGUAUGGAGGGAAAAAAAUGUAAAAAAUAAUAUUAUCAAUAAAAAUGUGAU